AUGAAUGAGACUUCUCUUUCAAUUCAAGAACGUUUUACUAAAUUUAGUCUAUUACUUUUAUUUGCUAUACCAUCAACUAUAUGUGCUCUUUAUUUUAUCUAUAAUGCUAUAAGGAUUCGAACAUUUCGUAAACGAUUUCAAAAUCAAACAUUAAUUAUUCUUGUUUGUAUUGUUUUAUUGAAUAUACUUUUAAAUAAUUCAAUAACAAUGAGUUUUCUUUAUUCGUGUGGUUCUAAUGUAAAGUAUAAUGAAAUUUUAUGUGGCAUACAAUGUAUUGAUGGAUUCAGUGGUUUAUCAACAUUUAAUUGGUUAUUUAAUAUAUUAUUUCCAGUAUUUAUAAUUAUAUUUGGAUCAUCUCUUUUACUUAUACGUGUUUUAUGGGUACGACGGAUAAUGCAAAGAAAUUUAAGAAAUUGGUCAAAAAAUUGGAAAAUGAUCGUACAACUGUUAGGCAUUGCUCUUGUGUAUACACUUGUUUGGUUACCUCUUUCAAUCAUUUCAUUAAUGACAACAUUCGGUAGCCCUUCUUAUUCUAUUCAUAGUAUUGAAACUAAUUUGCUUUUUAUAAGCUACUUAUGUGAAAUGUGUGUGCCUAUAGUAGCUUUAUUUCUUACACCUGAAAUUAUACUAAAGUUACGGGGACGUAUGCAAUCCAGUAUUGUUGAUAUUGCAUCUGUAACUAUGGGUCAAUACUCAAAACAUUAA